AUGCCUCAGGGAAGCCUUGAAGUUUUUCUUGUUAAUGCCAAAGGCCUUGAGAACACCGAUUAUCUGUCAGCUAAAAUGGACCCUUAUGUGAUCCUCAUGUGUCGCACUCAGGAGCAAAAAAGCAGUGUUGCAGCAGGAAAAGGAAGUAAUCCAGAAUGGAACGAAAAUUUUGUAUUCAACGUUUCUGAAGGCGUUAACGAUCUCAGGUUGAAGAUCAUGGACAGUGAUUCCAUGACUGCUGAUGAUCUCGUGGGAGAAGUUACGAUUCCGCUGGAUGCAGUGUUCUGCGAAGGCAAUAUCUCACCCACUUCAUUCAAUGUUGUGAAAGAUAACCGUUAUUGUGGAGAGAUUAGAAUUGGCCUUAAUUUUAAGCAUCAGGAUCGCAGGGAACGCAGUGUAGAGGAAGAUUUUGGGGGAUGGAAGGAGUCUGCUUACAGAAACUAA